CUUUUACGAGCGCCAUCUAAGUGAGGAAAAGCUAACAGUUCAUUUAAUUUUAUAUGUACUUAUGAAACACUCUAUUUAGACAUUAUAUCAACUGCUCCAAAAUAAACCUUCCGAAUUCCAGUCUUAACAUAAAAUGAUGGAAAAACAACACGCAAAGUCCCUAUCCCGAAGUCCAAGGGUUUAAAAUAUCGCAAACAUAUGACAGUGGCAAUGCGGUCAAAGCCCGGAUUUUAUGCCUAACUAAAACUGUACCUUCACCCUCUGGAGAAUGAGGUUAAAUAUUGCUGUUUUCGUUUGUCGACCACAGAAGACCCUUUUUCGGUAUAAUUUCUAGUCAUUUCCUCAUAUUUUUGCAGCCCCGAAUAGCCCUAUGAAUUAAUUUCUGUUUUUAGUGGAGAAACAUGGAUGUAAAGUUGAAAGUAGGAACAUAUUUUGCUUGGACGAAGGACAUGUUGCAGUUGGAAUCCCUUCUAACGAACAAAAAUAAAAACAAUCCAAUGAAGUGGCAGGUCCGUCAAUUGAUUCAGUGUCUCCUUCAAUACUGCCAUCACUGUUACAUGUGCGUCCAAAUCGACAAAAAAAUUAUAAAACAGUACGAAACAAAGGAAGCACGUACGUUAAGCAUCACGAAACUUGAAAGAUUGGUGCUUUUGAAGCAACUGCAUGUUCUAAAUCUUAAAAAGGCAAAAUUUGAUAAAGAAUUAAAUAAAGAUCAUGUUCUAAGAGAAGGAUAGAAAAAUUAUACU